UUUUUGAGAUUUUUCUUUUUUUCUUUUUUCGUUUUUCUUUUUUUUUUUCCUUCUUCUUCUGACAUUGUACUAACAUCCUAUAUACAAUCAUGUCUUCAUUAUUAAGACGCAUUGGUUCAGUAGUGAUAUCGGACACACCCUCAGAACCUUCAAUAGAUAUUGAUCAAAUUCCACCUACCACGGAACUUGUUGACUGCAACGAUUGUACACAAGAUUGUUAUGACCAUCCAAGUUAUCCUAGUUAUUUGGAUAUUGAUACCGAGACAGAACUAUUGGGAUCUAUGAAACCAUACGGACGUCACGUUAUGAUCGCUACAGGGGUAACAGAUUGGGCUGAAAAGAUUGAAGAAGACACAGCGACAUUAGCAGCUCAAUUACAUAAAGUCAUCAAUGCUGAUCCACAAUACACUAACAAUCAACCUAAUGGACGUAUUUUUAUUACCAACACUUCGAUGACCAAUACCUAUUCGACAAAAGGACAUGACGUUUUACUUUUACCAGAAAAUAUUUUAAUCAGUAAUGUGACACCAGAGGAUGCAACAGAGUUUUAUGCGACAUUUUUGGAUCAACCAUUACCACUUCAACCAGUUCAACUGUCUAAGAUAUGUAUGCAACUACGUGGAUCAUGGCAAGCAUAUAUGAAUCCUUCAGCUUCAAUGAUUUUAAUUUGUUCACAUCGACGACGGGACAAACGAUGUGGAGUGACGGCACCUAUCUUGGCAAGGGAAUUUGAUCAUAUCUUACGGGAACACGAUAUUGAAGAACAAGGAGAAAAAGGUACAACGGUAUUGAUGGUGAGCCAUGUUGGCGGUCACAAGUUUGCUGGCAACAUCAUUUGUUAUACCCAUCAAGGUACACGUGGUAUUUGGUAUGGACGCGUCAAUCCUGGUCAUUGCAAACAAAUCGUAGAGGAUACUAUUCUUCAAGGUAAAGUAGUCAAGGAACUUUAUCGUGGUGCGAUGAUGCAUAGUUAUGGUCCUACUUCUUUUACAAACUCAAGUACUUGUCCUGCAAGAAUUCGUUGGUAAUUUAUAUAGUAUUAUAUUUAUUAUUAUUAUUUUUUUUUUAAUUCUUCAUAUAAACAAAUAAAAAAAAAACUUUGG